UAUCCAAGGGGUUAAACGCAAAAUCCGCAACAAGAAAUCCCCAUUAAAUAGCGGCGACACGCCACCAACCAAACCAAACCCUACCGCGACUUCCUUCCUUCCUUCCGGUUGCUUCCGCCGAUCGACUUCUCGCCCCCCAAAUCGAUUCGCCCCCCGCCUCGAUCUAUCGAUUCCGCGGCAGCGCCCCUUCGAUCGGUUGGAGAUGGCCAGGACUUCCUUCAAGCUCGAGCACCCACUGGAAAGGAGGCAAGCAGAAUCUGCCAGGAUCCGUGAGAAGUACUCAGACAGAAUUCCGGUGAUCGUUGAGAAGGCUGACAAGACCGAUGUUCCAGAAAUUGACAAAAAGAAGUACCUUGUCCCUGCUGAUCUUACUGUUGGCCAGUUUGUCUAUGUGGUUCGGAAGAGGAUUAAGCUUAGCCCAGAAAAGGCCAUCUUUGUCUUUGUGAAGAACACAUUGCCGCCAACUGCUUCUUUGAUGUCUGCAAUCUACGAAGAGAACAAGGAUGAGGACGGCUUCCUCUACAUGACUUACAGUGGCGAGAACACAUUCGGCUCUGCGUAAUUCAUCAACUGUUGCUGCUGCUGUAAAUAAACAUGGAUGGCCAGGUGUCAUGGUCAACCUCCUGUGUACAUAGCAUGUCCCUGUGCUGGAUUGCCUCAAUGGUCUAAUGCGUCCUUAGCUUUUUAAGUGGUUCGUAUGCUAUCGUUUGAAAGUUGGAACGACCCAUAGAACUGAUAUUAUUCAUUCUGGGUUGAUGACGUUUCUUAUUCUACCAUUAUGCAUUUGCAACGUGUUUUAAGUCUGAAGUGUGAUUGGGCGUUUCAAUUUCAGUUAUCUGUUAUCAUUGUUAAUUGCAACUGAUUCAGGCCAAUAAGAAAUCAAGGCCUUCUUAAUCGUCA